UCGGGCGGUUCACGGUGCCCCUUCGCAUGCCAAUUGAAACAAAAAAUUAAAAAAAAACAGCGAUUAUAACAAAAACAGAAAUAUCGAGAAAAAGAGAAAGGUCUCCCGCGAUUACCUUUAGUUUUUAUCACAGUGCCCGUACGCUUUACAUUAAUCUCGGUUUAACAGUUCAUUUAUUUGUAAACAAAGAGUUAAGGAGUGCUUCAUUAUUUACUGUGAAAGGUGAAAUGAGAGCUGCAACACGUGAAUACUGUUGUGUGCACACUAAACGUGAUUAUGCUCAAUCAUAAAUGAGAUUAAAUUGAAUGGAAAUUAUUUUAACACUGGAGUGAUGAAAAUUGAAUUGUUGGAGUGAGUGAAAUUCUGGAUACCACAGAUGGAUUAGAUAUUCUCUUUUGAAGAAAGGCGGCGCGAGAAUGAUCGAGCCCGUGUUGCCUUCACACUUGGCAGAGCCAGACAGCAAUAAAAAAUCAGGUGUUACCAACGAGUUAGUUAUUGAUACUGCACUGAUAACUGGAAAUGACAAUGACGAGCGUCGCUGUAGGGCCGGCUAGCCUCGGUGCGCCCCCUACCAUGCUUACACCAAAGAGGUACCAUUAUCAGCAGGGUAUGACGCCCAACUCAGCCUCACCCACUCCCACAAAGAAUUACGAGACCCUGAGUAAAGGAAAGAAAUCGUGGAGCGUUCGGCUGGGUCUCUCCCGUCAGAACCAAGCCUCCGAGGAUUUGAACACCAAGGGUUGGGGUACAAUAAGCGGUGGCAGUGCCUUGUCCCGUCAGAUGUUGUAUGGUGAGCCAUGGCUCUACGGUACUGUGCGUGGUGCACGAGGUGGACUGGAGACCCGCGGUUUUCUCACACCUCCACCGCCACCACCACCCGGUGCACCAGUCCUGGUCGUGUGCUCCUGCCCCGAGUUUCUCAGCGGUACAACAAGGAAACUUGGUAAUUGCCGAAAAUGCGGGGGACACAGACUCGCUGGUAUUCCACUGGGCGGAACGUGUCGCAUACCCGGGAGUUCAGCCAGGGCCAGACCUAGUCUUGCUGGUGUCCUGAGUUCAUCAGCCGACGAUCCUUACGACCUGAUGCGCCGCAGUCGUCUCCUAGAGCCGCGCUCCCGCGCCCGAAGUAUAUCCCCACACCGUCAACCCAACAGCCGCGACAGCCGGAGUCAGAGUGUCAUCAGACCCACGAAAGAGCGCAAGAUAAGUGGCGACGCGGUCUCCCGUUCGGAGUGGUUCGACACAGAGACCUACCCGGAGGAGCCGCCGCGAGGCGACUGGUUGGACGACAGCGUCAAAGUUGCCAAGAAGGCGAGAGGCUGGCAGGAGUCAUCAGGCGCCUGCCGCAAGGACGACGACUGGAAGGACCCAGCAUCGUCAUCGAGCGCAGUCUCCGACUCCAGACGGAGCAUCCUGGAGUGCAACGUGAACCCCUACCUCCUGGUGAAGAAGCAAUCCAGAGACGAGGACGACUUGAGCGACGACUUGUCGGACAACGCUCUGGAGCUGGAGGAGAAGCCCUCGUCGAGCCUCUUCGACCCUUCAAAGGUGAAGUCCAUCGAGCGAGUGCCAAAUAGAGGAGCUGUUGCUGCCAUCGGCGGACAGAGGAUCCGGGUCUUCAACGAGCCCAGAGAGAUCUCCGACGAGGACGACAUCCCUCUCACCAGAAUUCCCAUACCAAAAGUAUCGCCCAAGCGACCACCGAGGCGGCCCAAAGAAGCUAAGAUCGUGGUCAAGAGCAUCCUGAAGAGGGGCAGGUCUGAGGGAAUGCGCAAGAGUGUUCUCUUCAAUGUUAACAACGUCAUCUUUGCGCCGGAAAAGUCGACUGACAUGAUGGCCACCAUCAGGCGACUCAGCAAGAUCAAUUCCCCUGCGAAGGAGGAGGAUAUCGCGGCGGAGCAGCCGAUAGUGCCCCAGGAGGUUCUCCCAGAGCGCCCGAAAUUCAUAACAAUCCCGAAUAUCAGGGAGCCCAAACGUCUGGAGAAGCGGAACCAUCAAGUUCACGAGGCGAGGAUUGUUCCGGAGGUGAAGAAUUAUCCCGGCGUUGAGAGGAAAAUUGAUAGGGGCUCGGUGAAACGACCGGAAGUGCCGGCGAGGAACAAACGAAUUUGUGAGAACGAGCGGAAAGAUCGGGUGGAGAGUUGUGGAAAUGAUGCAGCGGGGACUGGAGGGGGAAGCGAGGAGAUUGAACCCAGGCGGGACAGACUCGAGGAUGAUACCGAUCUGGAGAUCGAGAUUGAGGAGCUCAAGGAUCGAAUGGCUGAUAUUCCGAGCGAAGACAGGGAGUUGAUUGUCAAGGUCAAUGAUACAAAUCGAAAGGCGGUUCUCACUCGUAGCCAGAGUGACCGCGCGGUAGCUCUAAAGCCGGAGCUGUCGGCCGCCAAUAUCCAGUAUCUGGACACAAUGCGACUGAGUCUUCGUCGAGCCAAAGAUUCCCAAGCCUCCCCAGAGCCCCAAGCCAAGUCCCCCGCAGCCCUCCCAGAGCCUCCCCAGCCGAAUCACCUCCCGGACCCUCCAGCAAAGCUCCCCGAGCUGUCCGAGAAGGAAGCAGAGCCUCCCCCGGAAGCCGCUCCCUCUCCAAACCUCCCCGAAGAGCAUUUCCGGAGAAUGCGUCCCACAACCUGGUCCCCACCCCCAGGAAAGCCCAAGCACAUGGCCCGCGAGCGUGUGAGCGAUCCAGGUCCCUUCGACCACAGUAUCGUCAUCUGUCCACCACCAAAAAUAGCCUCGGAGCCUACAGACAUUCAGUGCGCCAGCUGGAAGUCCUCAAACUUCUCCCUCUCAGACCCCCCAACUCCCUCGCGAAUCGAGAUAAUCACCCCUAGGCCUUCAGACAACAUCUGCAAGAUAACAGUCAGCCCCAAGUCCACUCCCCUCGUCCAUCGUCUCCAAGUUGGUGGCUCCGAUCCCCCCAGAGGCUCCAGACGCACCUCCAUCCUCAUCAACGGCGACCAAAGCCCCGAAAGCGAGCCCAACAAGAAUGAUAACAAAGUCACAAUCAGCGUUGGUGGAGAGGACAGUGUCUGCAAUCCAACAGUCAUCUCGGUCAACUCCGAGAGCUCUCCCAUGAUUCAGAACUCGAUGGAGAACAGAACCCUGGUUAUUCUGGACAACUACAAGGCCAACAUUGUACUUGAGUCAACUAAAGAGACAAAAUCAAAAGCUGAAGAGGUAAUCCAUGAGGACAUCUCCAUGAGCAAUGAGGGAAGGACUAAAAAAUGUGAUCGACUGGCUCGUCAGGAGAAGACGAACGACGUGAAUCAGGAGAUGUCCAGGCCAAAGUGGCCCAGUUUAUCGAAGGAAUCGUUGAUAUCGAAGUUACUGGAGGAUUCGUUGAGAAAGGCUCGUGAGAAUGGGGAGAUUUUGGAUGAGAGCAGCGGUGAGGCCAUCCUCAGGAUUUUAAAGCAGAGUCUACUCAAGUCCAAGGACUACGAGAGCUCAGAGUCAACUCUGGAAGCUGAUAAUCCGUAUUCAAGGUCACCGAGUAGAAAUUCAGAUGUUGAUUUCAUGUCCUCGAAUUUGUUUCUGGAGGAGAAUCCCUACGAGGUGAUUAAGGAGCCGAUUUACGAGGAGAUACCGGACGAACCUCCACCACUGCCGCUCAGUCCUCCACCCACUGAGGACUACAUCAAGGACAGGCUCUAUUUUCCCGAUGAGUAUAAGGAGGUUUAUUACAAGAAAGUUAACGCUGGAAAGUAUCUGGGCUCCUAUCUGUCUGAUGAUCUCUUCAAGAAGAGUCCUGAGGAUGUCGAGGGAGACGGGGAUGGUGAUGGUGAUGUGUAUUUGUCUAAGAGCCCUGAAGAGUUCUUCAAGAAGGUGGCGACGGCGGCCGAUGGGAAUUUGUCGAAAAAAUUUGAGCUACUCAACUUCUUGAUGGACGCGAAGGAGACGUCAGUGCCCAUCGAGGAGGAUGAGCUGGAGGAGGACGACGAGGAGGAUGUCGAGGACACUGAGGGGGAUCUUGAGGCACUCUAUGAGCAGAAGGAAACGAGCAUGGGGGACUUGAGCUCGAAAAGCUCGCAGAUUUCUAAUGUCAGCGAUAGCAGCGAAGAGUGCAAUAUUAUUCUUACGAGUUCGCCUGAGGCUUCAAAGACACGGACAGUGGAUAUCGAGAGAACAGACAGUGGCGUAGGCUCGGAGAGCAGUCAAGCGAGCAGUAGCCGGGGUAUAGGUAGACGAUGGAGAGCAGGAAAUGCCACCUCCUCAGGACCAUCGAGUCUUCUCGGUGGAAUACCACAGGUCAUAUCCGGCGAUGCGAAACUAUGUGAAGACUGCGAACAGCGUUUAGAGCCACUAAUAACCGACAGCGGCGUUGUUUACGCUCCAUUUGUCUGUCGAAAGUGCUCGAAGAAGCGCGCGGAAAGAAAAGAAAUAAUAACGGAAAUCGUUGAGACUGAGCAGAAAUAUGGAAGGGACUUGAGAAUUAUUCUCGAGGAAUUUCAUCGGCCGAUGCUGCGCGCCGGACUUUUGACACCCGAACAGUUGUCGGCAAUAUUUCUGAAUGUCGAGGAACUGCUUGAGCACAAUCUCGUUUUGGCUGAGAAACUGAGGGAGGCGGUGGAGAUGAGCCAGAUGGCUGGUGAUGAGGAUCUGGUUGGCGUCGACGUGGGGAAAUUCUUCCUCGAGUCUGAACGCAUGCUGCACGCCUUCGAGAGCUACUGCACGAGACAGGGGGGUGCUAGUCUCCUCCUCCAGAAUCUGGAGAAGGAGAAGGAGCUGCUAAGGAUAUUUCUCAAAGUCUCGCAGAUGGAGAAUACAGUAUUGCGGAGAAUGAACUUGAAUUCGUUUCUGAUGGUGCCUGUGCAGAGGGUCACCAAGUAUCCACUGCUGCUCGCUCGUCUCCUCAAGGCCACACCCGUUGGUAGGGGGGAUGUGCAGGAGGCGAGGAAGAGGCUACAACAGGCUCAGGCCAACAUUGAAUUACAUCUGGAGCAUAUGAAUGCAGAAGCCAAAGAUGUUACUUCAACAAAACUUUGGCGGCGAAUUUCAAUAAUUCAAAAUGGCAGGCGAUCCAAUGGAGAGCAAGACAUGGUGAACAUAAAAUUGAGAAAAAUGGCUGUAGAGGUACUAGAAUGGGCGCACGAGGAGGCGAGAUUUGUCCUGGAGGGACGGCUUCUCGUUGCUCAGCCGACAGACAAUAAUUGGAAGAGAGGAAGGACUGUCAAACUCGCACCUGUCACUGCCAUGCUUGUCACCAAUGGGAAGUCGAAUACUGAUUUCCUGGCUACCAACGAUGAUUCUCUGUUUCCGAGGCAAAUUGGAAUCAAAGAGGCGACGCUACUAUUGGUCAAAGAAAAAAUUGGACGGUAUUCUCUUCUCCGAGAGCCAUUGUACCUCGAUAAAUGCAUCGUAUGCUGUGAAACAGAUCUUGAAGACUACUUUGAAAUCCAAGAAUUGUCUUCGAAGGAGACAUUCAUCUUUAAAGCAGAGGAUGGUGAUCGAACAAAAAGAUGGUGCAAGACCCUGCAAGCUCACGCGCAAUCCCUGGGCGCUUGGCGAAGGCGGCGUGGAGCUCUCCCCAACAUAAUGAUAUGUGGCGUCGCCAGAAGUUGAGAGAGGCCCUUCCUCCAGGGUUUGCUAACCAAAUAACGUUUUCCCCCCAACAACUGCCUCAGAAAAAAAUCUGAGAAAGAGUCAACAAGAAUUCCGAACAAAAAAAAAAAUCCCCAAAUCAUGAACUCGAAACUGCGAGGGAAUAGAUCCCAUUAUAGUGCGUUGCAGAAACUUGAAUUUCCUACGUAACUGUAAACAAAUACCGAAAGAUGAUGCAGUGGUCGAAAAAAAUAGUCCUUCUAUUGUCCACUUGCUGAACAACAGUUAUCGACGAGUUUCACGAUGAAUAGUACGUCCUUAAUAUAUUACUCUAGUGCUAGAGCUUAUUUAAAAUUGAAUAAUCCUACAGAAUACUUGGAAAUACUUAAAAAAAAUUGUGUAGCUGUGAUAUCGACCGGUCUUAUUGGGUUUUAUUUUUAACUUAGGUUCAAUCGAAUCGAAUAAUUAACUUCCAGACUCGACCUUUGUCCUCAAAGGCCAAAUGCCAGAGGUGGGGUUCUCUAAAAACCGGGAUAAAUGGUUGUUUUUUUUUAUUUCGUUGAGGGGAGACAGUUUUUAGAGUCGCGGGCUACUGGAGUGAGAUCUCAUGCAUUGAAGAUUGAUUAUACAUGUGUAAUAACGAAGAUUACGUGCAAAAAUUGAGUAUUAAAUCAUUAAUGUUGUUACGAAUUUCCAUUUUUUUCAAUGCAUUUUAUUUUGCAUACGUUCUUUGCUUUUUUCUAAGCAUCUCCUUUGAAGUUCACAUUAUUCUUUUCUCUUUAGCAUUUCUGUUAUCUUCUUUGACGUUUCUUCUUCUUCUUUAACGCCUCCCAAUUAAUAAAAGCUGAUAAAGUUUCUCUAUUUUAUUUCCCAAGUGCCCUUCAAUAUUUUUUACUGCAAUUCUUUUUUUUCACUCCAAUAGUUCAUGACUUUAAAAAUUCAGUCUGCUCUUAAUUCAGAGAAGGAAUGAAAGGUAAUGAAUUAACAUCAUUUUUAAUUCGUUUGGCGAUCUCAAUCAUGAGUGAUCGUUUCACCACUUCAUUACCAAAUCAUUCUCCUCUCUCUUCCCCCUCUUUUUGUGCCACAAUAUUAUCCACCUAGAGAUUUUCUGCAUCACUAUAAAUUUGUACAUUUCUAUUUUUUAUUCCAAAUAAUCAAUUUUUUAAUUUACAAAAAAAAUGUACACAGUAUUUAGUGGCCCAAUACAACGAUUCGAUGAUAUUGGAUUUCUAUAAAUUUUAUUGAAAAUUUUGGGGAGAUUGUUUCUCAUCCCAUUGUACGAUAAUUUGUUGUUUCUAAAUGUUAAGCCACCACUGUAUAUAUUCACAUUUGCACUGAAUUAUUAUUAUUCCUGGUCGAUCUUAUUCUGCAGGUUUUGUAACUCUGCGAUAUUCAAAUAAAAUGUGAGACAAUCGUAAUUCAA